UCUCCCGCCUUGCUUGCCUUGGCCUGCCUGACCUUCCCUUAGCUUCCGUCAUCGCCACCCGCCGCCUGUCCUCCUCUCCCAUCUCCUCUCCUCUCCCGUCAUCUCAUCCGCCGACAGCAGCAUCCUCCAUUUUUAUAGCAUCGCCAUAACCCCAUUCACCCAACGCGCCCAUGUCGUCCCGUUGAGCGGUGACGACGACGACACGACGCCGCCAUGCCCAGCUUGUUUGGCUCCCGGAGGCAUGCGCCGCCCGUCCAGCCUCUGACCAGGGAGACGGCCGACCCCAAUGCCGCCACCGCCGCGGCUUCGGCCUUUAUGCGCCGUGGCUCCAAUGCCUCGCUGUCGUCGGCCGCCGCCGCCGCCGCGUUGCGCGCGCGGCCCAUGACCCCGACCAACGUCGCCGAGGUGCAGUCGAAGCGCGCCGUCCGGAGGAGUCCCUCGGUCGCCUCCAUGCCAGGCGGCAACGACCGCUCCCCGGGCGGCAAGGGGCUCCGGCGUACGCCCAGCGUCGGCUCCAUGAUCGAGCGGACCUUUCGGUCACCCUCUCCCGGCGGCCGCAGCCCCAUGCCGAGAGAGCGCAACGUCCCGCCCGUUCCGAACAUCCCCAACGACCACAUACUGGCGAGCCGCAAGGCCGUCGCCGCGGGGGCACAGCGCAAGGGCGCCCCGCUGCAGACGCAACCGUUCCGGACGGCCAGCGAAAAGAUGAAGGGCGGCGGCCACCAGCCCUCGUGGUUUGGCGGUGCGACGGCCGGUGACGCGACAAACGUCAGGAGGUCCGACUCCGUGAUGCACGCGCCCGCCUCCCCCGGCGAGGCGCGGCCCGGCAGCGUCAGCCCCAGCCCCUCCAUCAACUUCUCCUACCCUCGGGGCCGCGUGCACUCCCCCUCGCCCUCCCUCGACGACCAGACCCUCGUUUACGACGCGAACUCGCGGCGGAUGGUGCCGCGGGGCGAGCUGCUGGCCCGCUCACAGACCGUUCGGAAGAAGCAACAGCAGGAGCCUUCGAGGAUCGGCUCGCAUCUCGCUAAGGGUACAGUGGCCCGGACGCAAGCACCGGCUCUCGAGACGCUGCCAGGUCAGCCGCCGCAGCCAAAGCAGCAGCCUGAGCCUGAGCCGGAGCCCAAGCCCGAGCCCGAAUCCGCGCCCGUAGAGGAGGAGGAACCUGCUCCCGCGCCAGUGCCGGUCGCUGCCGUUGCGCCGGUCGCCGCCGCCGGGCAGCCUCAGAGCCCAUCCAAGAAGAAGAAGAAAAAGAAGAAGAAGAAGGCCCAAGCCGCGGCAGCCUCUACACCCGCCGCCGUCGUGGCAGAGGCGCCGGCGAUGGAUCAGGCCUCGACAUCUGAUGAACAGCGGCCCCUUGCGGUUGCAGAGCUGCCCGCGACGGAAACGGAACCGCAGCAGCGAACAGCGCAGCCGGUGGCAGCAGGAGCCGCAGCCGCAGCGGCCGCUACUCCGGUCGCCAAUGCCGCCGCCAACGGACAGGCCCGCGACAUUGGGCCACAGCCGCAGAGCAGCCCGCAGAGCGCGCGGUUGCGGUCCGAGAGUCCUGUCCGCUCGGCGCGCUUCGCCCCGGCUCACGACCAGCUUGCCGUCCGGCACGAGCCGCCCCCGCGGUCCGUCUCGCCCAGGAAGUCGGCCAUGAAGCUCUCGAGCCCCCGCGGCGUGUCUCCCUCGGACGACGGCUCCGAGGCGUCGGCGAGGAAUCUGAGCCCCCAUCGCGUCGAGGAUCCCGGCCUCUCCCGCAAGAAGAGCGCCCGCGUCAGCUGGGACGAUCGGAACACGGUCGUGGUCGGCGAGUCGGUGCAGCCUCACGAGACAGAGUCGCCCGUCGUCCCGAGCCCGCAGGCCAAGAAGCCCUGGCACAACAUCGUCACCAAGUACGCCAAGAAGGAGCCGUCCAGCCUGGACGAGGACGAAACGAUGACGCCCCGGCCCGCGUUGCCGCUGUUUGGAAGCGUGCGCGAUAAGAAGUCCAAGGAGGCCGAGGAGCGGCCCUUGGUCCGGCCGUCGGAGAGGGCCUGGUCGGGCGCGGGCGAGACGACGGACGCCGGCCAGUCGUCCGACGCCGCCAUCGGGACCAUCCUGAGCCAGGACCAGGCUUCGAGAAACGCGGCCAACAUCUCCAAGUACCGAGAGCCCCUGCCCCCCGUCGUGCAGUCCAGGGAGGGCGACGGUCGUGGCGAGGACCUGGUGUCCGACUCGGACGACGACUUGGACACCGACGUCACCACGGAGCUGGACGAUGUGACCGCGGCCACCACGCCCAGAACCACGCAGCUCCUCACGCCCGAGCCGACGACGCCCAUCAAGGCCACGUUCGGCGCCGAGGCCACGGACGGCGAGGUCCCGACCAUUUCCGUGCAGCAACCCAGCCCUCUCCCGCAGGAUCCCAGGGACAACGCCUUCAGUGGCGAAGAGGAGCACGACGUUCCAGGGACGUUUCCCCACGAAGACUCGCCGGUUGAGCCCGCGGGCGUACACGACGCACCGCUCGCGCAUGCCCUGUCCACGGAUGCGCUGCCUCCCGCGCAGCCCAUUGAGCCCGUCGACGUGACCGAGUCGCCGGGCGCGGCGGCACCCUCUGCCAUGGACGACAUUGCAGAGGAGGAAGAGGACACGGACCGCUGCAGCGUAUACAGCGACGCGUACGAGGAUCUGGAAGAGGUCAACGGCGACGGCUUCAUGUCACUUGACGCCGUCGUGGAGAGCCCGGCAGGGCCCAAAAUGGUCAAGAAGAUCCAGGAGCAGGUCAUGGUCCACUCGGUAGACGAGGCGCGCGAGUCCCGCGAGUCGUCGGGCUCACCCAUCCCCCCGGCACUGGCCAAGUCGUCGGCCGACUGGGAGAAUGCCAAGGCGUACUGGAGGAGCCUGUCGACGGAGCAGCGUCGCCAGCUCGAGAUGGAGGCUCUCGCCGAGACGGCCGAGGAUGCCGACGCAAACCAGCCCGCGACCCCGGACGGCAAGAGAACGAGCGUUUACGCCAGCGUCGAGGACAGCCCCGUGUCCGCCACCAGCCACAGGACCUACCAGAUCGUGCCCGGCACCAAGUGGUCCGACAAGGAGUCCGAGGUCGCCGCCAUGACGGCGUCUGCCCUGGCUGCGCAAUCCAAGACGCGUCCCGUCAGUGCUCCCAAGCUGCGGCAGUCGAUGCGAAGCGAGCCACCCGCUCCCCCCGCGGCCCCCCAGGCUGGCCAACAGACGGGCAGCAUGAGGAGGUCGAUGAGGGCCAAUGGCGCGGCCCCGGCCGCGAUGCCCGAGAAGCGAGCGAGACAGUCGCGGCACGUUGAGCCCGAACCCGUCCCGGCCGCGGCAUCUGCUGCGGGUACCGGCAUGCGAAAGACGUUGCGAUCGACCACAUCCAACGGCGGCACCCGGCCAUCGCUGUCGCAGUCCGGCCGGCCCGUGUCCUACCAGCCGCCGCCAAGCGUCGAGCCGUUCAAGGCGCACAAGCGCAACCUCUCGGCCGACAACCUCGCGCCGGCAGGCGCUUCGAGGCCGAGCCUCCGACGCAAGGGGUCAGACGACAGCGUGAGCAGCUUCAAGCGGGCACGCGCCAGCUCCAACACGGAGCACGGGUUCCGGAUGUCGAUGCGCGCCGCGCCCCCGGAGCCGCCGUCCCCCUCGACUCGGGGCAGCGGCCGCUUCAGCCUCCGCUCGCUGUCGCCGCCGGCCUUCCGCCGCGCCUCGAUGCACGCAACGCCGGUGGGGGUCAGCUCCUUUGGCGGCGGCCGCAUGCGCCAGUCGCUGCGCGCGGAAUCCGUCGACGCCAGCAAGUCGCGCCUGUCGGCAAAGAAGAAGUCGUCGGGCCUCAUGCAGGGCAAGCGCCGGAGCGCCAGCCGCUUUGCCGACUCGAGCGACGAGGACGAGGGAGGGCCGUCGUUGUUCAGCAGCCGCUUUGCCGACUCGAGCGACGACGAGAACGUGUCGCGGCCGCGCGGGCCCAAGGGCAAGGGGCUUCCCAAGUCGAUGCGGAGCCACAGAUCGUCGAGCAUGGCCGCCGCGAGCGCCAUGGGGAUGACGCCCGCGGUGCGCGACGCGUCGCCGGACCUCCCCGAUAGCGACGACGACGAGGCUGCGCGGCCUCAGAACGGAGUCCUCACCAACGGGCAGGCGCAGACGCCGCGUCGGAACAGGUCGGGGCGCGGCACGCUGAUGCCCCUGCCGGCGUCACAAGGCGACGAGCCCACCCGCUCCCGCGGCGGCUUCAUGUCCAUCCUCCGGCGCAAAAAGGACCCGUCAAACCGCAUCUCGCGCGACGUCGGCGAGAGCGCCGCCCGGCGCGACACCAGGUUCGAGCGCUCGCCGGAGCAGCUGGCGCAGAUGCGCAACAACAGCCUCCACAAGGACGAGACCAGCUGGCCGCUGCCCGACGGGGAGGAGGGGACCUCGGCCGAGGGCUCGCAGGGCGCCGCCGCCACCACCGCGGACAAGACGCGGCCGUCGACGGCUGGCGGGUCCGCGCCCACCACCAACGGCGGCGCCCGCAAGGGCACCUUUCUCCGGCGCCGCAGCACCUCGCAGGGCGUCGUCGGGCUGGCGCAAACCCCGCUUGACGACGAGGACGAGGACGACAUCCCGCCGGUGCCGGAACUGCAUCCCGUCAAGAAGAAGAAGUUUGGCGCGCUGCGCAAGAUGCUCGGCAUCCACGACUAGGGCUGUGGAGGCUGCUGCUUCUGCUAUACGGCGGGCUGAGCCCUGACACUUUGGAUACAUCACCACCACCGACAGCAUCAUCAUCAUCACCAUCUCCUUGUCUCGUAUUAAUAGUCUUUCGGCGCUCUCACCGCGCCUCUGGUUAUCGCUCUAUACACCACGGACUCGAGGUCGUUUCGCUUUGAUCUCCGGCUUUGGAUUUGCAUUCCCCCUGCGGCGUCGCUUUUACUGCCACCACCACUGCUACUGCGAAUUCUUGAUCUUGUAUUCCAUUUGUUUUUCUUCGCGCGUCGGUCUAUCGCGCCUGCGUGCGAGAUGGGUCCCAAAAAGGAACGGGAGGGGUGAAGGCCCUCGCGGAGUAAUCUCGGCGUCUUGUGAUCAUUGGGGGCUGGAUGCGGGAAGCGGACCCGGCCACACGUGCGUGCCACUUUGCCAUGGGCCGCAACGGAUGGAGGAAUACACGAGUGGCAUGGCAUGGAUAGAUGAGAUAUCGCAAUAUGGGCGGGUCAGUAGUCAGCAUUUGAACCAUGCCAUGCAUGACAUGUAAUACAUGCGACACCGCGGGUGGCGCGGGACUGCUAAAGGUGCGCUCUCGAGACGGUGCGAUGUGGACAACGUGUGAUGAUGGUACGGCAUAGUCUGGUGCGGUGAAUGUGGGACAACUACCUAUAUGGGAUGUGACGUGACGUGACCUGCCCUGCUUGGCACAUGUUCCUUUUCGCCCCGGGCGAGUUGGCGAGCGACCCAGCCUAGCUAGCCCGCCAGCUGGACAGUGCGGGCGAGCAAGAGAGAGGCACAGAUAAACGGAGUCCGCAACUACCUCUAGUACAGGCGCAAACGGAGUCUGCGCACGCCACAUGGCAUCACGACAGGCACAUACAUCAUGCUGCUGCCGUUGCGCAACAUUGAACCAUCGCCCACCCACCAUCCCCUUACGGCCAUUGAAUCGCGCGUUGAAUUAGAGCUGGGCUGGGCUGGGCUGAGCUGAGCUGAUGAGCUGAGGAGCCCUUGCUGCAGGUUGCUUCUUCUUUUCUCCCGUUUUACCUACUAUGUGCUUCGCACCCUGGCGGUACUACCUCACCUGCUUACCUAGCUAGGUAGGUACGUGCCAGGCAUCCAAAGCGUAUACUGUAGUGCAUGCCCACGGCGGGUAUUCCCCGGCAUGCUUCGAGCCUCCUUGGUGCUGCUGCUGCUCCCCUCCCUGCCUCCCUCCUCCUCGUCACGGACGCACGCACGCACGCAGGGACGACGACUUGAGCCCGCCCACUCACCACCAACGGUCUGCCACCCUUCCACCGCCCGUCAGCCUCUCGUCAGUGUCACCCACCACCACAAGACCCUGCCUGUCUGUCCGGUCUCGCCCUCCCUGCCCCUCCACACAAUGCCGCCCCAGUCUCGUCGCCAUGGGGACGCUGAUAUAGAAUGAAAAUGAGGGAAAAAAAGGGAGACGAGUCGUAUUCACACGAACCGCCAUUAUUUGCGUGGCGGGCCGCUGCUCGCUCCCUCUCGCCGGAAAGCAAAACGAGUCCAAUGCUGCCACGCUCCGCCUCCCUCUCGCCUGUUCGCGCCGGUGUUCGCUGCUGCGGACGGAUCAUAAUAUCGUCAUGGUAACAGCGGCUUGGUAAACGACAACAAGAUGCAAAUCAAAGGACAUGAUACUGUACAAGGCACUGCGGGAAUGAUCUUCAAGACAUGUGAUUGGUGGUGCCCGGCGCGUCCGUCGCACUCGCCCGGGUGCUGGCGCGGGCUAACGCCGUUCAGUUCUUCGACCGCGGCUUGUCCCCUGUCCGCGCCUUUUCGCGCUCCAGCAGCAGGGUGAGCUGACUCCUGGUACGCGCCAUGGGCACGCUGGCCGACGUUCCGGGCUGGGUCGGCGUCAGGCGGGAGUCGAGCAGGGACGACGACGAGAGCCUGCUCGGGAGAGUGGUGCUGUGGUCCAGGGACUCGCCGAGGAUGCUCGACUUGGGCAGCGAGCCGGACUGGUCGAUGAUGGUGCCCUGAGCGGCCACAUUGGUCAUCGACGCCGUGGCGCCGGUGAAGAGCUUCGCGUUGGGGCCGUGGCGGUCCGUGUAUCGCUCAUACCCGUAUCCGUUGUGGGACUGCGAGCGUCCCAUCGCGGGCGCGGCGGCUGCGGCUUCGGCCACGGGAGCCGCCGACACCAGCGGCGGUGUCCCGGGGCGCCGCUUGUAAUCCGCGAUGCUGUCGGCCGCGUGCGGCGCCGGGCGGAGGUUGGCUCUCGGUGCGACAUGCGCCGACGACGCCAACGACGACGAUGACGACACGCCCCUCGCCUUGCCAGGUCCGUCACUGUUCGUCGGUAGCCUCUGCGGAACCGCAGGCCGCUUCCCGAGAGCCUUGGCGCUGGGGACCGGGCUCUCCCCGUCUGGCUGCCCGUUGCCCUCGGCCACCGGGCUGGCGUGGUUCGACGCCCGCUCCGGGAUGGGCGAGACGGGCCGGGCGACCCCAACAGUCCGAGAGCCGGGGGCGUCGCCGUUGCGCGACCCCACGGCGGACAGCACCGGCGACUGGGGGCUGGCCCUUCUCUGCAUCAGAGGCCGCCGCUUGGCCGACGACGUGCCCGCGACAAACUUUUUGGUCGCGUGCGGCGGCUUCUUCUUGGGCAGCGCCACGGGAGGGGCCUCAAGUCCGGUCGCGACGGUGCUUCCGGACGAGGGAAAGUCGCUCUCCUUGUCGUCCUCGUCGCCGGACCCGUGGGGGGAGACGAAGCGGGCCGUGGGCCGGGGCCCGGAGGCCGACGGGCCCCUGGAUUUCUUGAGGAUGGGGUGCGGCGGGGGCGGCUUCGAGGCGCUCGACGAGAGGCUCCUGACGGAGCUGUCGCUCUGCUUGGUCUGUGGAGGUGGUGGGCGCGCCUCGGAUGCGGGCUGGCGCGCGUCUCGCUCUUGACUCAGAUGCGCGAGGAUCAGCUGUCUCGUCAGGGGUGGGGCCUAGGUUUGGCAUGUCAGAUCCCAUCGUCAUUCCACGGCGGCCAGACGUCACUCACGUUGGGGCCCUCCCAUCGGUUCGGCGGGCCCUGGAGGGGGGCAAUGGUAGGGCCGACCGAGAUGUCCUCGUAGAGCCUCGCGAGGGUGCGGCCGCUGAGGUGUCGCCGGUCGCUGCCCCAGACCUGCCACCAAAAGUUCUCCAGGCGCCGGGCCGUGGGAUCCUUGAGCUUCUUGUUGGUGAUGGUGUAGACUGGAGAGGGUGUCGGUCAGCACUCUGAAGCACCUCGCGCGCACAUGCUCUCUGGGGUGGCCCUACCGUGCCAGUACUCCCAGAUCUUGUCUGCGGGGACGGUGGGGUAGCUUGCAACCUCCUUGUAAAUGUUUGUGGUGUUGAUGACGAUGCCCUUGGGCAGCAUCAUGGCUACGCUGGGGUCCAUCUGCGACGAUGGCCGGCUCCCGAGAGGGGCGGCCGAUGGGCUGGUGUGGUGGACGGGCCGGCGGCGUCUUGUGUCGGAACCUGGACCUCUAUGUCCUUUUCGUGGGGGCUCAGCGCAGCCAGUGUUCCUUGGCGUGCGAGAGAGACGGAGUGACUACGCGCGACUGGGCGGACUGGUCAUUGUGGUCGCCGGGCAUAAGGGGGG